UAACUAAAUGUUUUUAUCCAAUUUAUUAUUAUAUAAGUAUUAAGUAUUAAAACAUGUCUGGAAAUGUUGCUAAUAAACCCAAAAAACAAAGAUGGUAUCUUGGUGGAUUAGCUGGAUCUGCUGCUGUUGUUGUGACUCACCCACUUGACUUAAUAAAGGUUCAUUUGCAAACUCAAAAUAAAUCUUCACAAGGCAUCUUAAAUUUAGCAUCUAAUGUUAUGAAGACAGAUGGUAUUAUGGGUUUUUAUAGUGGGAUUAGUGCUUCUGUCCUCAGACAGAUGACAUACACAACCAUUCGCUUUGGAUUGUACGAAGUAAUCACAUCGAAACUUCUUGAAGGACGAGAUGAUUGUUUACCAUUUUAUCAGAAGUUCACAGUGGGAUGUUUUGCAGGAUUUGUUGGUGGAAUUGCUGGAAAUCCUGCUGACAUGGUUAAUGUGAGAAUGCAAAAUGAUACUAAACUUCCAAAAGAGCUUCGCAGAAAUUACUCGCAUGCAUUUAAUGGUUUAUACAGAGUUGCAUUAGAAGAUGGUUUUCGAACACUGUUUGCAGGUGUAACUAUGACUGCUGUAAGAGGUCUCCUAAUGACUAUGGGGCAGGUAGCUGUUUAUGAUCAAUCAAAGCAGAUGUUAAUCUCAACACAAUAUUUUGGUGACACAAUACCAACACAUUUAACAAGCAGUGUAAUUGCUGGAACUUUUGCGACUAUAUUUACUCAGCCUGCAGAUGUUAUGAAAACAAGACUCAUGAAUGCCAAAGUAGGAGAAUAUAAGAGUAUUCUUCAUUGCGCUAAAGAUAUUCUCAAAGAUGGACCUCUUGGUUUUUAUAAGGGAUUUAUUCCAGCUUGGCUACGGCUAAGUCCUCAGACUAUAUUGACAUGGCUCAUAUUGGAACAGCUUCGAAAAACCUUCCCAGCUUAAACCCUCAGUUCGAUAUCAGAAACUAUGAGAAAGUACUUUUUCCUACUGGCAUUUUCCCUCCAAAUUAGAACUAAAACUAGAAACGAAAAACAUUUUAUUCUUUUCAAUUUUUUUUUACUGGUUUUUAGUUUUUUAUUUAAUAGAUUAUUAUAUUUUUAUUCAUUAGUUUGUUUUUUUUCCAAUGACGAUUAGGUUGUUUUUACAGCUGUUUUUCAAAAAUAACUUCCGCAAAUGCAAAUUAUUAAUUUGCAUUUUUUGAAGAUAUUUUAUAUCAAAUUAUUUUACACCUGUUUCUACUGUUUAAAUUUAUUAAAAAUCUGAACAACUCAAUUUAAAUUUAAGGGAAACUUGCAGAAAAAUGUUAAUUUUGAAUUUUUCACGAAAGAAAAUGUUUGCAUUUGAUGAUGAUGAUUUUUAUUUAAAGGGGAUUUUUUUUGUGGUGGAACUAUUUUAUAGAAGAAUUUUCAUUUUUUAUAUGAAUUGUUAAUUGUAGUUAUCGAAUAUUUAAUCAUUAAUUAGUGACGUAAACAUAUGACGUGUAAUACGCGAACUUUAAAAAAAAAUUAAACUUUUUAAAAUUA